AUGACAACUUUACCCACUACUUUCGAAAACGCCUUCAUCGACUUCUCUGUCGCACCCACCACAACGCCCACGACGACGACUACCUACGUCGUUCAGCAAACUCCCGACACCCCGCCGUCGCCCACCACAUACAUCACUUUUGCCAUAACCCCUAUGCGGACGCCGGCGAUGACUACCACCAUUCUCACUGUCACCACUGAUGAUGACACUUGCGGCGCCUUACCACCCACCAACAACGUCACCGCCGACGCCCACCACCAGCAGUGUGAACUUAAUCUCAACCCACUCCAACUGGGAUCCUACCUUCAUAUCACGCAUCGGCCGGUCGAUAACUUGCCAUUCCAUCUCACUUAG